AUGCAGCUUGGAAGUGCUUUCGACUAUUCCAAAUUUAAAGUUGGGAACAACCUGGUUGGGGAUAACGUUCGAAACGGAGCAAUUCAGAGACGUAAUGACAUGUCUUAUAUGAAGUUUAAAAUGAUAAAAAGUCAAAAAGAUAUCAGCGAUGUGUUGGAUGUCUCGGGAGAAUUAUCUGUCAAAGUCAUGGCUGGACUCGUUGAUGUUCAAGGAAAAGGAUCGUACCUGAAAAGUUCAGUGACGAGUGGAAACACUGUGGAAGUUUUGGCGCAAAUAUAUUAUCGGACGGUAAGAUUUUAAAAUUUGUCCCCUUUAAGUUAUUGUCUGAAAGUGUGUUUGUUUUCGAACCUUAAUUAUAGAGAAUAAAAAAAAUUGUGUGCCUUGCGGGAAACAUCAAAGCAAAUAAUAGCCCCACUCGAGGGAAGCGAAAAACAAAUUUCGGACUUUAUUAUAUUCAUUUUGAAAUCAAUGGUGUUUCCUGCAAUCUGAUUGGUUCACAAGAGUGCGAUUUCAGCACGAAUCGCACUGCUAGCUGUGCGAUUCAUGCUGAAAUCGCACCAUCUUUCAACCAAUCACAUUAGAGUGCUGAUUCCAGCCAACCAAUCAUAUUUAAUCAUAGGAUUCAAGUAGCCAAUCAAAUGUAAGAAAAAUGUGAUAUGGCAAAUGAGGAAAAACAAAAAAUUUACAUAUGUCGUAAUUUAAAAUUUUUCUAAUCCUCUUCAUAAGUGCCUAAGUAAUUUUUUGCACAUAAAAGCAAAACAAUAUGGAUAGCUACAGUAAACUAUCAAAGGAUUGCAAAGAAAUGUAUGUUUUUGAAAUUUCACAAAUAGUAACAGGCAAAACGCCAACAGAAGCAAAUUUAAAGAAGCGUCAGGUCUGUCUCAGGGAAAACAGAGGUAAAUUCGCCAAUCGUAUUUGCAAUUUUUAAACGCACCAAACUCUUUCAAAUCACUCGUUAAACCUACAAUAUGUUUAAACUUACUUGUGCUGUCUCUUAUUCUUUAUGAAUGUCUUCAUUUCUUUAACGUUUUUGCAGUUUAAUUAACAAACGUUUUCAAAACUAAGUACGUUCAUCUUGUUCGCUUGUUGAUGCUAUGCUACAACACUUAGGGAGGUACCGGAGAUGUGUUUUUUGCAAACAAAAACCUUUCCGGUUUACACAAAUAUUUAUUAAAGAUUUCCAAAUGAAUAUAGUAAAGUAGAAAUUGAACCUCAUGUCGUGAAAUUUUGGACUGAAAUCAAACUUGUGAUUACAAAUCCCACUCCCUCUUUGCGGGGAGUUUUUUCAAAUUCCACUCCACUCAGUUAAAUUACCAUUGUAUAUUAUGCACGAUCACAAGAAGACGAAGUAGGCAUAUUACACAAAAUACAUGAUAUACACUCAGGUUGUCUCAAAAAAGGAAAUCUACCUUCACCAUGCCAUUAUGCGUUCAUUACUCGGUGUAUGGACGUAAUUUUUUAUAAUCAUAAAGAUUAGGCUUUUGGCUGUUGAGUGUUGAAUGACAUAUUCUUCAGCCUUAAAAACGAGCAAUUGAGUAAGUACGAGGUAAACAAAAUUUUUUUGUCGAAAUCGUAUAUUUUCACUGCUGCACCCAAUUAAAGCAGUGCAUAAUAAAAGGAAAAGGAAUUAAUUACGAAUGAGCCAUGUUAACAAUGAGUUCAGAGCUGGUUUACAAGAUGUCUAUAAUAAUUAUGCAUACCCACGUAUUUUAUUUAAGUGAAAUUCAUCAACUUAAUCACGUCAGAAAUGCUUAUCAGCGAUCGUUACUCAACUAUUGUGUAAUUUUCGGUUUAAUUAAACGCCCCGUGCAAGCCCCACGUCACGCACAGUUACCUACGUUAUUUGUUAGCUAUCCUUCUAACUAGCUACGUUUUGGAACGCCGUUAAUACAGCAGUUUCACGAGAUACACGGCUAUCUGAAGCAUACAUUUUGAGGGCAAUAGUUGUUUUUAACAUUUAGGAGCGGCCACUAAUUCACAAUCAGAAACGUCAGAAAGCUCCCGUUGCGUCUACUUAUAAAAUAAUAAGUCGUUAAAAAGAUAUAUUUAUUCGAUUCCGUCAAAUAAUUGCUAAAUGAAUAAUUGCUAGAAUAUAGAUUGUCUUAAAUUGUAAAAUAAAAUAAAUUUAUCUCGACUACAAGAUGUACAUGUAUUUAUCUUUAUGUGUUAUUUCAAUAUGAUUUGAACACAAUUUCUUUUAAUAUUCCCAGUCAUAAGACACAAAGUGUUUCAAAGUGCACAGCCACAGGUAAAGGUAAAUCAUUCAAUUUCAUUUCUCAAUGAAAGACAAUAUUCUGGCAAAUUAUUUCACAAUAACGAAUAAAUAUAUAUUUUUAACGACUUAUUUAUUCUAUAAAUAACCUCAACGUGAGUCAUGUUAACGCUUCCGUUUUUGAAUUAUAGUGACCGCCCCUAAAUGUCAAAACCAACUAUUGCUCUCAAACUUUUUGCUUGAGGUGCUCGCGUAUCUAGCGAAACUGCUGUAACUCGUGUACUUAACUAAACUGAUCACAGUUAAUUAAGGAUUUAACUACAGUUGUUAACGCUAAUUUUAACUAUACAUGUACGUUUUUAUUCAACCGGACAAUGCAGAGUGAUCAAGUUGACGCGAUGUACAUUCAGGAAGGCUGCAUUAAAUGAAACUUUAUUACAGGUAACUAAGACGAUUACUGAUGACGCAAUGAUACCGAUAACAGACUGGCGGAACAAAAUCGAUGGUGGCAAACAUUACAUACGCAGUAUUACAUACGGCGGGUAUUUGAUUGCGUCUUUGAAGUAUACCGCGAAGAAAGAUGAAACAAAAGAAGACAUACAAGCAUCGGUUGAAGUAAACGUGAAUACAAAGAAAGUGAAUGUCGGUAUCAAGGGACAGUUCCAGAGUCUUGCAGAAUCUGCUAAUAGCGUUGCUAACUUGAAGAUCUCUUAUACUUCAUCUGAAUUACCAGAUGACACACCUGUCGACCUGGACUCGAUCCUUAAAGCAAUUUCGGACUUUCCAAACAAGGUUUGUUUAUAUGGGUUCUCCUUUCGCCAGAAAAACACCCAAACAUGGAAAUAGUGGAUAUAGAAUGCGUAAUUGAUUACGAAUCAUGUCUGCACUUUUUCUCAUACGUGCCUUCUCAAAUCCGCCAUAUUGAAUUUAACUAGGAGUGAGAAAUACAAAGUACCGGAAAUACAUGCAUUUCCAAACGUUAAUUUAACAUGAAGUAUUAUAGUAAUUGAACAUCACUGAAUGCAGUUUCGCGUUGUGAAGUCAAGUGUUGCCAUGACAACAAUGUUUUUAAAUAUUUAUUUCUAAAAAUAUUUUUGUACAAAAUGACAACAAUUGUUAAGAUUAUAGUACUUAUAACAAUACAAAAAUAAAUUUCUGAAAUAUAUACUGCUGGUAUAUAUGUUAUUUUCCAUUUUGUGCUCUUAAGCCCGUUCUCCACUACGCGAAUUUGUUCGCGCGACGCCAAGCAAAAACCGAAAUCCCGCAACGUGAUUGGUCGGCGAAAAAAUUCGUGGCGAAAAAGUAGGAUCGCUUCCUACUUUUUAUCUGUUCGCGCGAAUAAAUUCGCCUAGUGGAGAAGGGCUUUAGAGUUAAAGUAAAUUUAAUCUGCAGUGCUUCAUCCAAUGUUUUUGAAAUGUUCACUGAACUCCCCAGACUUCAAGCACUAAAACUGCUUUGCCGAUAAACUGUUUUUAACUUCUUAAUAAAAUAAAACAAAGCAAUUUCAAAGUAUUGAAUAAUUUCAGUAACUGUUUAAUUUAUUCAUAAUAUAACAGCUUCUUUAAUUAAAAUGGGAAACAGUGCCCGUUUUACGUAAAAAAUGAAGCAACAAAAUUCACAAACAUAAACAUUGAAAGAAAAAUUACCUUUAUUCCACUUUUCCACGGUUUUUCCCACAGUAUAUCAAUUAAUAUUCUUCUUAUUUCUUGAAGGCAUGCAAAAUUGCUUAAAUCCUCAUUGUAUGAAACGUUUCUCCAAAUAAUAAUAAUAAUAUAAUAAUAUAAUGAAUUUGUCACUUUAUACAUGAUAUAAACUAAUUAAAGACAAGUAAAGACAGAUACAAAUCUUGGCAGGGGAAAGGAACAGGACUCUCGUCCCAAUUGACACCUAACCCCUAUUGUAUCAUAAAAUAUAUUGCUUAUCCCACCAAUGGCAAAAUUUUUGAGAGCAGUGAGGAGGUCCCCCCCCCCCCAUUCACCAUGACACGACUUUCAGCAAUUAUUCCAACUGAUCGAUUUUAGCAUGUUUAAUACUUAUAGGUAAAGCAAAGUAAGGAUGGUAUUGGGGUUCCAAUAGAGGUCGAAAUCCGGGAACUGAAGUAUCUUCAAGGGAACAACGAACUAGACUACGUUGUAAGCGGCCUCAUUGCUGGAAAAGUUCGCAGGUUUGAGGCGAUGUUUGCAGACUUGGAGACGACUUAUGACGCAAUCGACAAGUUGGUCACAGAUCCAAAACACGAGAAAAUGGAUGAUCAACUAGCAGCGAUAUACGGCGAAUUUAAAUCAAAGAUAGACAGAAUAAAACGUGAAUUUUAUAAAGCCGUCAAUAACCUAGACCUUAACGAUAAGCCGGGAGAACUGGAUCAGCUAACGAAAGCCUUUGAAGCCUAUAAAGCCGGCGAUAAGGGUUUCGUCCCUGGGAAAUAUUCCAGGCAGUUCAAACGACUGCAAAAAGAGGAGCCUUUGCCACUGCCUUGGGUAUGUCGUAUAUACAUCCUAUAUAUCACAAAUCACAAUGUACAAUUACUCCUCACAGCCAACUCGUUUUGAACAUACCAUAUAUAUAUACCCACAAUAAUAGACAAUUCCCAUGCAUAAUAGAAUAAUUUUUUAUCUUGGCAAUAAAAGCAUAUUACCGGAAAGGGCAGACUACAAUUAGUAAAAUUCCAAAGUUUGGACUAUGCGAAGUGUUUUAAAAUGCGGAAAAUAUAGCCUUGCAAAGUUAGCAAAUUUUGUAUACUUUUGUAGCAAUGUCCGCAUGCAAUAUAAAAAUAUUCAAAAUUUGUAAACUUUGCAAGGCUAUAUUGUCCGCAUUUUACAACACGGAGACGCUUCGCCUGGAGGACAAAUAUUUCCGUGCGUUCUUUUGCAGUUUUUGAACUUACCUACCUGGCGAUGAUGCCUAAAUGCAGUUCUAUGAUUAGUGCAACUAUAUUUUAUUUGUUUUUUCCACGGUUCCCAGAAUUAUAGGUGCUGGGCAAUCGAUAGACCUGAUAUCCCCCAUUUCCCAAACUCACAUUAAAACUACGCUAUGUUAGUAGUAUAUCUAAACUUGUCCUUGUUCAUUAUACAGUGCCGUAGCUAGCAUGUAUAGUUGGGGGGGUGUAGGCCAAAAAUUUCCGAAUGACGAAGAAAAUUUCCGAAUAUUUCAUGGCAUACGAAGCUGGCAUAUGAAGAUGCAGGAAAAAUUUUUUUCAAUCGAAAAUUUUGGGCGACCUCCCUCCCCCCGUCGCCAAAAAAAAUUUCGGUCAGUGUACCAUUUUAAGGGUCAAAAAAUUUUUCUGGACAUACCAAAAGUCAAAUAUUACCUAUAAAUUGCCUGAAUCUCAUGAUUUUCGUACAAAAAGCAUAUACUAUUAUUGCCGUUAUUUUCCGAAUGGCCAACCCGAUUUUCCGAAUAUGUUAAUUCUACAAAAGUUGGGGGGGGGGGGGCUAAUACCACCCCCUCGCUACGGCCCUGUGUUCAUAUUCAAGUUCAGUAUAAUUGUAUAAAUCCAUGGUAACUCGGCGAUACAAAUUUCGGAGUGUCAGAGUCGUUGCACAAAGGAAACCACAUUAUUGUUAAUAUAAAGCUAAAAAAAUCCAGCAAAAUUAACGAAGUUAAUUGCUUGCGACAUGCAGAUUCCAAUGGCCAUUCAAUUAAUAGUCGCCAUUUUGAAACUGAACUGCAUAGAUCAAAAACGUCACGUUUGAAAGAACGUCACGUUUGUGACACCCUCCAAGAAAUAUCAGAAUGACAUGCGCAGAAAGUCCCAGCACAUUUUAGACCUUCGGCUGUGCCGGAGUAGUUAUAAUUAUAUCGCAACAUUGAUUAAAAUUAUAUCUUUCAGGAUGCGAAGUUGAAAAAGAGGCAGGUAAGAUAAUAAAUUGCUCAAAGUCUAAAUAAAUUUCAGGGAUAUAUCACUCCGAAUAAUUUUACGAAAUUUAUGGGAUUUUGAAAACCUUUUAAAUGUUGUAUAAACUACAUUACAAGUGAGUGCGAUUUUUGUACCUGACUUUGGGUUUUAAUUUUAAGCAAAAAUAUGAAAAGUGUACUAAUUUAUGCCAUCAGAGUGUGACUUUCUGAUAGUUGACGGCCGUCGAUUAUUCAAGUUGUUUACUGUACAUCAGUGCAGCUGGAAAAUGUCCUACAGCACCAGGAAAUGCACCUCAGGUAAUUUUCGUAAACCUUGCAGGAAAUGUUCAUGUCAUCUUAUACACUGGAAUGCCAUAUAUAAAAUUUUCUUAUUGUUUAAAAAUUCCAAAUGCACUUUGGAAAUCGAGAUUGUUUUGUGCCGAGAUUUAAGUUUACCACAAUGCGUGACAUAGCGUACGUUCUCUGAAAUCUACUAUAUGCACAAAUUUGGCUUACACCGGAAAUUUUCUUGCUUUUUCUGCCAGCAAGAGAAAUAUAUAUGAUUUAACAAAUAUAAAACAUUUUCCGUGUUGAUAUACAGUUAUAUCAACACGAGUGGAAUUGGGAAAACGAGAAAUUGUGUGGAAACACGACGCCCGAAGGGCGGAGUGUUUUCAUACAAUUUCGAGCUUUCCUAACUUCCACGAGUGUUGAUAUAACUAUUUAUAAUAUAGCAUUUGUAAAUUCUGAACGCUUAUUGGCUAAGAGCCGUGUUGAUAUAACUCCAUGUCAACACGGGAAAUUUUCCGCCGCUUGUAAACACGGAAAUUUUUCUUAUUCUUCGGGCUUUUGACAUUGCUAUAUUAUAAAACAAAUAUAAAACAUUUUUCCGUAUUGAUAUAUAGUUAUAUCAACACUCGUGGAAGUUGGGAAAACUCGAAAUUGUAUGAAAACACUCCGCCCUUCGGGCGUCGUGUUUCCACACAAUUUCUCGUUUUCCCAAUUUCCACUCGUGUUGAUAUAACUGUAUAUCAACACGGAAAAUGUUUUAUAUUUGUUAAAUUUAAUAUCAAUACGGAGAAAAUGUUUUAUAUUUUUUUUAUAAUAUAGCAAUGUCAAAAGCCCGAAGGAUAAGAAAAAUUUCCGUGUUUACAAGCGGCGUAAAAUUUCCCGUGAUGACAUUGAGUUAUAUCAACACGGCUCUUAGCCAAUCAGCGUUCAGACUUUACAAAUGCUAUAUUAUAAUACUUACUAUAACAUGAAUAGAUUAUAUAGAGAAUAAUACAUGGGUGCGCGGAAAUACCAGAUUUAUUUCCAGUGUUGAACAUGAUAUCUCACGAGUGAGCGCAGCGAAUUAACUGGUGAGAUAUCAUGUUUAACACGAGAAAUAAAUCUGGUAUUUCCAUGCACCCAUGCAUUUUUCUGUUUAUUAUAUAAAGGACAGUCUUUGAAAAGCGAUCAUUUUUACAGAAAAGCGAUAAUUCGAAAAGCGAUAAUUUUCACAUGUGAGAUUAUCACGAAUAAUCUCACAUGUGAGAUUAUCACUUUUAUCAGUGCUCGAAAUUUCUAUAAAGCACUAUACUUAAAUAACUAUAAUAAAAGAACAUAACCUCAAGUACAAGUGCUUGCAUGCAGGCUAAAAUACCGCAUUGUAAUUAGCCUGCUUUCGGUUAUUUCAUGGGCCGAGUAGAUUAAUAAAUCUAAAAAUGUUUUUGUAAACCGUCGUAUAUUUAAACUUUCCUUUGAGAAGCGUUGUCUGGGUAAGAUAAAAACAACAAGAAUAGCUCGCGAUUUCAUGCAUGGUGCAAUGUGAAGCUAAUCUUCUAAGUACUGAGUUAGGUUUGGAGGGUUUAGAUUAAUUUUCUUUUUCAGGUCGAAUGUGUUCCUAAAUAAUCUUAUUGGACCUCCAAUAUUGAACUGGUUCAUGGUCUGUUAGCUGUUACUUUUUUGUGUCAAUAGUUAGGGAACAUAGUAAUUUUUUUUUCAGGAAAAGGCAAAGAAUAAAAAAAUGAUGAGAGAUAUGGAGAAAAAUAUUGAAAACGUGAAUACAGAAAUAUCCUCGUUCGAAAGACAUGUCUCAGGUUAGUAAAUGGUCAUUUUGUGGGUCUUAACAUGUUCGGCAUAUAAUUAUGUAGACCCUUUGGUAGAAACCAAUAUGAACUUAGUAAUAUUUUAUAGUUGCAAACACCCUGAGAUCGAUCGAUAUCUUCGUUAUAUGUUUAUUUUCCACCAGGAUAAUUACUGACUGUUACAGUAAGGUUGAAAUAAACACAUUUAUAGCGCAAUUAGAAUAUUAAAAAUUCAAGAACAAGAUGUUUCCUUGCCUGACUAGAAUGUGUUCUAAACAAAUUACAGAAAAAUAAACACUUGAACCUAUAUUAGCUAUAAGAACAAUUGAAUUAUUUAAGUGUGGUUUUCGGUGCGCUGCAAAAUUUCCAAUAUCGACCUUUUUUAUGAAAUGGGCAACUAAUUAAGGUGGCUUCUUACAUUCUAUUUCUUUUUCAUUUUAUUUCUCGCACUUUUUGGUGUAAAAACAGUAUAAUUUUUCCGCUUCUCUGAAUUUUUAUCUAUGGUCAAUGAUUUAUCAUAUUUAAAUUUGAAAAGAGGUUUACAAUAUGAGCCUCGGAAUAUAUAUGAAUGACGAUUGCAAUAUGUUUAAUUACUCGCCCUGCGUGGCGAUUUUACAAAGUUUACAAAAAUUCGCCGAAGGAAAGGCGGGAAAACCAGAUCUAAAAUACAAAAAGUUGAAAACACCGUAGUGCAUUGAAUUAAGCAAGCGUUAACCCAUCUUAAAUGUGGUUUUGUUCUAAAAUCAGCAUGAAAUUAAAACGUUUCAAACAUUUAACUGAAAGUUUGACUUUCGCAUGAAACAACUCGUAAUUUUCUGUUCAACAGAUCAAGCAGUUCAUGUGAAUUGAAUAGAAUGAAAAGGCUUAGAAACCAUUCCACGAAAUUGGUUAAAUUAACAAACUGAUAAACAUCUAUAUAGCCUACUGUAUACAUUUUAAAAAAUUUACUAGUGUAAUGAAAAACUGUCGUUUCCUAUGUGGAUAAAACCCGCGCUUUUUCAAGAUUUUUAGCGUGCCACGAAGAUUGCACCCGCGGGAUUCAAGGAUGAUGUCUGAUCUAUAUAUAAAUCAUGUUUUAAACUACACAACAGUUAAUUGUAGAGAGCCUGAUUUAGUUUGAAUAUGGUUAAUUUAUUCACGCUCAUAUCAAUCUUAAUGAAAUGUUCACGCUGUGGAUCAUGUAUGGAUUUCUUCCAAAGUGAGAUAAUAGUUAUACAAUCGAAGCUGCAAAUAAUUCAUUUGACUGUUUGGAUUUUCUCCCAAGAGUGUGCCCUGUUUUGGAGCUUUAGUCUUCAUAUGAAGCCUAUGCCGCAAUAGAGGAGGGGGGGGGGGGGGGAGAGGGCAACGGCUCCAGUUAUAUACACAAUAUAACAACGUUAGAAAAAUACAUUGCUCCCUAGAUCCAAGAACAUGCAAAGAUAUACACGGAGGUUACCCUUCAACUGAUGGAGAGCAUAAUCUUUAUUUAAAGUUUCCUGAAUGCAAUCAACCUACAAAGAUCUAUUGCGCAGAUAUGAAUACAGUAAAUCCUAAAGAAUAUGUCACAUUGCCAGCCGGAGGGACAAAAAAUUUUGCAUUUCAUCUUGAUAAAGAGGAGGGCCACCGAAAUGAACCACAGUGGACACGAUUUGAAAAGGUUCUUAUUGUUGCUUAAUAUGCAGAUUUCUUCCAGUAGUCCAGUCAAAUAACUAUAAGUACAUGGUUCUGAUCAAACUAAUUGCAAUAGGUUUGUUUUCAGUGGUAAAGUGUGAGAAAAGUUGUUCGGAUUAACAUGAUACUAAAAAUCAAAAAAUAUCCCUUCGGUGCAACAUGGUGAAAAUCGAGUUUUUCUUACUUCUACCUAUAGAAAACCAUUGUGGACAGAAUGUUGAAAUUUUGAAAUCAUUUUUAGGCAAAUGUAACCUACAUUAUUGGAAAGCUUAGAAAAAACUAAAAUAUAAAUCAUUAAACGGUUAUCUUGCUUUUGCCUAUCCAGCCGAAGUUCUACAAGAUUUAAAAUGCCAUAAAUUUGUAUUUUGUGCGAAUUUUGCACUAUUUUUCCAACUUUGAGCUAGAAUAACGACAAACUGACCAGUGAAUUAAAUAUAACCGUUUAAUGAUCUAUAUUUUAGUUUUUUCUAAGCUUUUCAAUAAUGUAGGUUACAUUUGCCUAAAAAUAAUUUCAAAAUUUGAACAUUCUGUCCACAAUGGUUUUCAAUAUGUAGAAGUAAGAAAACCUCGAUUCUCACCAUGUUCCACCGAAGGGAUUUUUGGGGAUUCUUAGUAUGUUAAUCAGGAAACCUUGCCUCACAUUUUUCCACUGAAAGAAAUUCUAUUGCAAUUUCUUUGACCUCUGGUCACAGAUUGACUUGACUACAGUUGUGGCCAUGCAGUUUCAUUAUGCAUGCACGUGUGUAUAUAAGCACGGAAAAGCAAAAUGAAGUUAAAUUAUAUAGUAAAAUAUAUAAAUUCUUAUCACCAUGACGCUAACGUCGUGCUGCCGUCAAUAUGUCGUAACGCUGAACGACUACAAUUAACGUACGCAUACCAACACGUUCGCUAACUCCCCGAUAUCCCACUUAUUAAACUCUUAUUCUUUUUGACUUUGAAAUUAAUUUUAUUUUUUCUAGAUUCGUCUUAAUAUUGAUGCCAUGUCCAUAGAUAUAGACGACUACAAAUUUGCUACUGCCAGCGUGAAGAAAAAAUUUCAUCCUUUUGCAAGUGCUGGAGAUUGCGUAAGCUACCAUCCUAACUAUUGCGCUGAAAACAACAAAAAAGGAAAUUUUAAAGUUGAUAUAAGUGGUACAAAUUUUCUUUUACCAAACACCAUUCCUUAUUCGUUUUAUUCAUGGCCAGCGUGUGUUAUACGUUUGUACAAGGAGGUGAUGAGCCCUGAUCGUAAACAGUGGUCAGGAUAUUGCGGGGGGCGUUGCGGAACAUGCUGGCCUAAAGUAUUCCAUCUUCUUGUAGAAGGAUGUUAAAAGUGUUCCAAGAAAUGAAAUUAAACGUUAUAAUUGCUUGAAUAAUUGUCAGUUGACUCUUUUGAAUAUCUUUCUGAACCUUGAUAUUACUAAUUUUACUGAAUAUUCUUUCUGAAAUACGCAGCAUAUCUAAAAGUUGAACUAUAAACAGCAGACACAUAUUUUUCAUGUAGCUAGGCUAAAUACACAUGCACUUCCGGAAAGUAUGUCACCUUGGCAAGGGAGCAUUGUUUUCCUCAAACAUCCAAUCAUAUUAAUAUGUCCCUAUACGGCCUGCGCGGCGUCAAUUUCGGAAGGAUCUAUUGUAGCUAAAUAUUAAGUUUUUCAGGUAGUUUCCCUACGAAUGAAAGUUUUGGUACCAAUUUAUAUAAUCUAUUACAUGAAUAUAGGAGAUUCUAGUGAAUCUUAAGGGGGAGAAGCAUAAUUAAGAACUAAUUUACUUAGAACUUAAGUCUUGUUUACUAUAGUUUAGUCACAUUCAUUCUUGAGCCUUAUAUUAUUUAUAGAUAUUUACAAAUAUAUGUUAC